UCUUUCUCUGGGAUUACCCUUUGCGCCCAUCCUCCGGAGACGGCGCAUGCGCCGUGCAGCGCAGGACUCUCGCUGACUCGCACGAGCGUACAUGACGCUGAGACGAGCGCUACUGGCACUUUCUCCAGGUUUCUCCCUGACACAAUGGCAGUAGAGAAGCGCUUGGCAUAUUCUAUCGUGCAGUUCCUUAGAGAUCAGACACACUGUGUGAAUUCAGGUGAAAAGGAAAGCCUGGAAGUUGCAAUACAAUGCCUGGAGACGACUUUCAAGAUCAGCUCCAGCGACUGUCAUCUCGCAACUUCACAGCCGCUGAGAGAGAUAUUCCUCAAUUCUCUUCUCAAAAAUGAUAUUGUUACGUUACCCGAGACGUUUACAUCUCAAGAGGACAUCGAGACAGCCGAGCAGCUUAAGAAUGAGGGGAAUAAUCACAUGAAAGAGGAGAAUUAUAGCAGUGCUGUGGACUGUUAUACAAAAGCCAUUGAGUUGGACCAAAGGAACGCUGUGUAUUAUUGCAACAGGGCUGCCGCUCACAGUAAACUUGGCAACUACACAGAGGCGACAGGCGAUUGUGAACGAGCAAUUGCGAUCGAUCCCUCAUACAGUAAAGCUUAUGGGAGAAUGGGACUUGCAUUAACGUCUAUGAGCAAAUAUCCAGAGGCGAUAUCAUAUUUUAAAAAAGCUCUGGUGUUAGAUCCUGAAAAUGACACUUACAAGUCAAACCUGAAGAUUGCAGAGCAGAAACAAAAGGAAGUGUCCAGCCCUACAGCCACAGGACUGGGGUUUGACAUGGCCAGUCUCAUCAAUAACCCUGCAUUCAUUAGCAUGGCAGCAAGCGUGAUGCAAAACCAGCAGGUGCAACAACUCAUGUCAGGCAUGAUGUCUAAUGCGGUGGGGGGACCUGCAGCUGGAGUUGGUGGAUUAUCUGACAUAUCCAGUCUCAUUGAAGCUGGGCAGCAGUUUGCCCAGCAGAUCCAGCAGCAGAACCCGGAGCUGAUCGAGCAGCUGAGAAAUCACAUCCGAAGUCGCUCAUUCAGCGGCAGUGCCGAGGAACACUCCUGAUCCCAAAGGUUUGUACAGGAUGAUAAACUGAGGGAAGACAGGAUAAAGUUGUGAGAGCAAUCAUUCGAUACCCAUUCUUCUGUUCAGUCGAACCCAUGAUGGGGGCGUGGCACUUUAUAUGUAGGCAUCAGGGAUGAAGAGGAAAAAUAUCCAAACACAUGAAAAAUUUACUUGCACAGAGAAAAUUAUGUUAACACCUAAAUGAGGUAUUUUUGUGUUUGUCUGUGUAGGUCAUAUUUGAGUCCUCUGUUACUUUAUGAAUGUAGCUGCAUCAUAAUGUUUUGCCUAUUAACCUUAGAUAUAAGGCGGUAGUCACUGAAAUCCAAGGACAUUUAAAGGAACAGUUCACCCAAAAAUGUCAAUUGUCAUCAUUCACUUACCCACAUAAUUUACUUACCCUUUUUACAGUUGGUGAUAUACAUAAAUAUCUGUCAGUCUGUAUGUGUCUAUUUUGAGAUUAUGAGAUUAUUGGCAUUAGCAGAGGUAAACAUUUGACCUAGAGCCUUGUUAAGGGAUGAUUUCUGUAUUUAAAUCUUUGUGAUUGUAAAAAUAUUAUCAAGUCAGAUUUAUUUAUAUAGUGUUUUUUUUAACAAUGUUGCUUUCUGUCAUAGCAGCUUUACACAAAACAAAAAAUUACCACAGGAAACUUGAAUUAUUUAAAUUAAAAAGGAAACUUAAAAUUAUUAAGUAUAUAGGGUUUUUGUCCUUCUAGGAGUUUUUCCCAUCGGGUUUUCUCCUAGGGGGGGUUUUCUUCCAAGGGAGAGUCAGCCAACUUUGGCUUAACUUAGCACUUUACUGUAUACGUUACAUUAUUAAUACGCUUGCUUGUAUGGUUUAACCUUAGCCGCUAUAUUCUACUUAUAUUAUCUACUGAUUUUCUGUGUUCUCCUUUACUCAUUUAAAGCUUCUUUGCAACAAUUAACAAUUGUGAAAAGCGCUAUAUAAAUAAAAUUGAAUUGAAAAAUUGAAUUGAAUUGAAUAUAUAGAACAGAAUAUGUGGUAUUAUUGCAAAUUAUAUUUUUCUUAUAAAUAGAUUAUAAUUUAAUAAAACAGUAUAUACUUUUUGUUCGACUAUUGGACAUUUAGUCAAUUAAAUAGGAUAAAUAACAGGCCUCAUAUUUAUCUAGACAUGUCUUUACAUCUUACAUGGCCAUUUAAAGGCGGGGUGCAUGAUUUUUGAAAAACGCUUUGGAAAAGUGAGUCAGAAAAAGUGGAUCGCCGGCUACGUUUCCCUCUAGUGGGCGUAGUUCUACUAAUGGUAGUUCUAUGAAAAGUUGCCUGUUUUCACUUUUGUGUCUUUAAACGCUUGUUUUUUUUGGGGUCGACAGCUUAUAAAAACGUAUUUCUGUUUUUUUUGGCUUGUUAGCUGUACAUCCUGUCACAGCAGCUUUUGGGCAUUAUUCUGUUUUUUGUUAUAAGCCCGAAAUGACAAGGAGGCAGCCUCUCGCAAUACAAAGUCAAUGGAGACGGAUGGAUUGUUUUCCCCCCAGUGGGCGUGGUUUUCAGGUUAUGACGCGUUGCGCUCUGUCUCUAUUGUUGCCUGGAUUGCAUAUGUGUGGGGCGGGUCUAUCAAAAGAAGGUCCAGUUCUAUUGGGGUAAGGGCGUAUUUGCUUAGGUGAUUUCAAAUGUCAACAUUGGCUUCAGAGAUCGUGCACCCCACCUUUAAAAUCAGUAGUUUUACAUUACAUAAGGACUUUCAAUAAUACCCUGAACAGCAGUGUAAAAAGCAUACAGAAAUUACAGCAACAUUCAAUGCACCACGCACAAAAUUGAAACAGUGACGUAUUUAAUAUUAAAGCCGGAUCAAAGUAAAAAAGCUGUAUUAACAGAAUUUACUGAACCCUAAGCUAAGCUAAAGUCAGCAGUCUCCCAACAGGCAACAGUUGCAUGGUUAUUUACAGUCAUUAAUUUGUAUUAUAUAAUCCCAUUACAUUCACCAUUAAAAGCCCACUAGUGAUUCACUUAACUUUACUGUGCACUUUAAACGGCUUCUGAACACUUCUACAGAAUAGACAUACCAAGAAAUUUGACAGAAUUUUCAUUUUUGGAUGAACUAUCCCUUUAACACAUACUUUAAUUAUUUUUACUAUAUAUUCUGUUCGUUUUAGGAACAAGAGACAUCUGUGUUAAAUAAUCACUAUAUAUCGGCUGCUUCACCAGUCCUGUAUUUUUUUAGUUGUUUAUUCUGUAAUUACAAAAUGAUGUGACUAUUCUAUUCAUAAUUUCAGCAUUUGUGUUUUUCAUUUGCAUGCACCAAUAAUUGAUAUUUGCAGUCAAAUUAGUGGUUGACUCUAAUAAAACAUGUUAAUAAAACACAGAUCAGUGAAAUGUUUUGUCAAAAUUAACAUCAAUAAAGGUGUUGAUAUAUAAC